AUGCAUAAACACACACACAUUUAUAAAAGGGGUGAUUUUGCUGUGUCUCAAGUUUCAAGCUUAGAUAUCUAUCUUUUGAAGAAGGUUGGCCUGUUUCCAGAUGUAAUAGAGCGGAAAAUUAAGCAGCAUUUUGACAAGGGGGAUGACAUUUCAGCUCUAGUGACCGGUGAAUUCUACACUAGGAAGGAUCAUUUUCCUGGUUUUGGCAGGCCUUUUGUAUUUAAUGCAGAAGUUUUGUUGAGGGUUGGGCGUAAUGUGGAAGCUAAAGAUGCGGUUAGGGGUGCUUUAAAAUCACCAUGGUGGACUUUGGGUUGUGAAUAUACCAGCAUGCUCAAGACAUUAGAGAGGUACCAGAAGUGCAACUAUGGAGCAUCAGAGACAAAUAUAUCCACAAGGGACUCUUUGAGUGAUCUCCAUGGCGUUCCACUUGCUCCUUCAUCUUUACUUGGGAUGGCAACCUUCAUUCCACCAAGUCAAAUUGCUGCAUGAUAAGUGCUUAUUUGUCUAUAUUUUCCUCCCUUUCACUAAGCCAUUUUGCUUAUAGAUCACUCCAAAUUUCAUGAGAUUAUGAUUAAAUUGUGUUAUUUUGCUAGGAGUUUGGUUUGGAAAGCAUUGGAAGCAAAGAUGAGUAAUAUCAUGCAUUUUGGUGGAUAUUGGAGUCAAGUGGAGCAUUUUGGAUGAAUUUGGAGUCAAUGAGAGCCAAAUAUGAAGCUAUGGAGAUGGAUGCAACACUUCCAAAGGAGUCUAGGGUGGUUCUUUCAAUGGUCUUGGUCAUGUGGGCAAACCAAAGCAAAAGAGAAGCAAGCGACCAUGCAAUUGCAAUUCCCGACCUGCACGUUGACGUCAUGGUUUUUGGACCAUAUCUCAAGCUAAAAACAUCCAAAUUACAUGAUUCUUGUCCCAUUGCAAAGAAUACUCAAAGGACUACAACUCAUAUUCAGACAUCAAAGCCUAAAAAGGAAGCCACAGUGGUCAAAAUCAUCCUUGAAGUUGAAGUUCCGAACUUACAGAUU